AUGGGGAACUGGCUAUCGCGGGACAGGGGGAAGCCAGUCGAGCGGAGUCCAGCUGAGCGGAAGUCAAACGAGGGGGACACAAGCGAGCGGAAGCCGGUCGAGCGGAAGCCGGUCGAGCGGAAGCCGGUCGAGCGGAAGCCGAUCGAGUGGAAGCCGUUUGAACGGAAGCCAUUCGAGUGGGAAUUGAUUGAUAAGCAUCCGGUCGGGGGAAGCUCUCGCGGGGAUUGGGACAAGGCGUUUGCGCGGAGCCUUCGAUCUGCGAUCGUUGCGGAGAGCGCGGAGCGGCGCGGGGCGGAGGGGGGACUGGGAGAGGUUGGCCCUGCCCGGAUGGCGGAAGCACUCCGCGGUGAGGAAGGGGAAAGGCUAGCGCGCGUGGAGCAGGUGACGGGUAUAAGCGGAGGGGAAGGAUCGGGGGGCAAGCGCGGGGAUGCAGGGGGAGUAAUUGACGUGAAAGGCAUGUUAGCGGAGGGGGGUGCGGGCGAGGUGAAGGGGGAAGCGGAGGAAACGAGUGGAGUGGCGGAAGCGAUGGAGGAGGAUGCGGGAGGGGAAGCGGAACGGCCAGCGGGGGGAAGCGCGGGAGCGGAAGAAUUGAGGGAGGAGAUGAUGGUAGAGGCGGGGGUGGAGGGAGCGGGCGGAGCGGAGGAAGCAGGGUGCCCAGAGAAAGCAGGGGGAGCAGAGGGAGCGGAGGGAGCAGGGGCAGACGAGGAGCGGAGUAGAGCGAAGGGCGAGGGGGCUUCUGAGUGUGCGGCGCGGGAGGAGGGGGGCAUGGUGGAAGGGGGAGAGGGAGACGAGCAGAACGCGGAGGAAGAACUGCGGGGCGGGCUGCAGGAGGCGCAGCAGGAGCAGCGGCAAGAGGAGCAGCAAGAGGAGCAGCAAGAGGAGCAGCAAGAGGGACAGCAAGAGGGACAGCGAGAGGGAGAGCGAGAGGGACGGCAAGAGGAUGCGGGCGCUGCUGGGCUGGUGAAUGACGGGUGUGAGGAGGUGAUGAGAGACGAGGGAGGCGAGGGGUAUGAGGAGAGGACGGCAGGGGUGCGGAAUAAGGGUGAAGGGGAGAGGCAUGUGGGAGAGAGCGGUGUGGACGAGAGUGGUGUGCGAGAGACCAUGCUACUAGGAGAACCAGUGGAGGGAGACAUAGCAGGAAGGGAGGCGACGGGAGGAAGCAACAAGGAAGGGGAAGAGGGCCAUGAUGACGAGAAGGGCGGAGUGGUGGGGAGUGAGGGAGAAAGGGAUAUGGGGACGGACGGCGAGAAGGAGUUGUCGGUAGCUAAGGUAGAGCAUGAGGGAGGUGCUAAGGGGAGGGACGAGAGAGGGGAGGAGCGAGAGGAGGAGGGAAGGGAUGGCACAGGGGAGAAGGGAGGGGAGGAGGGAAGGAAGGAGGGGGUAGAGGAGGGAAGGAAAGAGGGAGGGGAGGAGGGAGGGGAGGAGGGAGGGGAGGAGAGACGGGAAGAGGGAGGGGACGAGGACGGCGGGAAAGGAGAAGUGGAGAAGGCAGAAGCGAAGGGAGAGGAGAGGAGGAAGAAGCUGUUGAUACUGGAUGUGAACGGGCUGCUGGUGGACACGUGCUAUGUGCGCGAUGGCAUUCCACCAGGCCAGCGCCCGCCAGACGGCCGCGCCAACAACUUCCAUGUGUACCGGCGGCCGUUCUGUGAGGAGUUUGCGCGCUUCUGCCUGGACAACUUCGUGGUCGCCGUGUGGUCCUCCUCCCGCAUGUACAACGUGUGUGCGCUGCUGGAGUUUGUCUUCCCACAGCAGCACCAGAACGAGAUCGCCUUCAUCUGGGACCAAGCGCGGUGCACGAACACAGGGCUGAAGCACCCAGCGAACCGCCACAAGCCCAUCUUCCUAAAGGAGCUGAGCCAUGUGUGGGGCAACGUGCACCAAGACAUGCCCUGGCCGCCCAGCACGUACGGCCCCUCCAACACGCUGCUGCUCGAUGACUCGCCCUACAAGGCCGUGCUUAACCCGGAGCACACAGCCAUCUUUCCGCAGACCUAUCAUCUCACUGACACUCUCGACAAUGCACUCGGUACCUACCUCUUCCUUCCCUUUUUCUAUCCUCGCUCUUGCUCUUCCCAUCUGCCAAGCAACAUCCACACCUCUUCCUCCUGCUUCAUUCCAUCAUGCCACAUACCAUCUUUCCCUCCUUUCUCUCCGUUCCCUUCCUUCCCUUUCAUACUGCUCUUUUCCCUUGCCGUUCAACGCCCCUCCUCCACCCCGUCUUCCCCAUUCCCCCCUUCCCCAGCACCCUCGGGAUCUCUCCGAGCAUACCUGUCACAGCUGGCAGCAGCAGCGGACGUCCCCACGUUCGUGUGCAGCAACCCCUUGGGCCUGCCUGCCGUCAGAGUCGCUCACUUGCACGACCUGCUGCUUCUUCUCCGCCCGCCGUCCCCUCCCGCACAUGCCUCUGCUGCUCCUGCUAGAGGCGCUUCACAUCGUGCUUCUGCCCCCUCCCAUGCUGCUGCUGCUGCUGCUGCUGUGGGUGCUUCUGGAAAAGGGGGCGGUGGGUUUGGGGGGGAUGCAGCUAGGCAGAAGAGGAAAAAGAAGCAGAAGAAGAAGCAGAAGAAAAAGAAACAGAAGAAGCAGAAGGAGGCGUUGGCGCAGCAGCAGGGGGGUGAGAAGGAAGGAGGGGAGGAUGAGAGCAUGCAUGGUUCAAGUGCACUGGGAGGGAGUGCUUCCUUGAAUCAGCAUGUUGGUGGUGGUGAGGGAGGAGUGGUUGAGGAAACAGCUAGGCGGAAAGUAGAAGUGUCAGAAGGAGAAGAAGAAGAUGAAGGAGAGGAGGACGACGAGGAAGAAGAGGAGGAUGAGGAGGGGGAUGAGGAGGAUGGGGAGGAGGAGGAAGAGGAAACUGGUGAUGGCGCCGAGGGUGUUGAGAAUGCUGCUGGGGCUGGAGCUGCGUCUGUGCCUGUCACUAAUGGAGCCCCCACCCCUUCUGCUACUGAGUGGGUCCCAGCGGUACCUGUUACCCACCACAGUCGCUGGGACCAGAAGCAAGGCUCUUUCGCUGCUGCCUCUGCUAAUGCUUCUGCUGCUGGUGGUUGCAGUGACUUUGCUGGUCGUGGUGACCUCACCACAGGGCCUAUCCGUGGGACUGCGGCAACAACAACAGCAGCAGCAGCAGCAGCAGCAGCAGCAGCAGCAGCAGCAGCAGCAGCAGCAGCAGCAGCAGCAAUACCCUAA